AUGGUGCAGUCGAAAGCUUCAGUAUGGCAUCCCUACAAUGUCGAAAUUCCCGAAGAAACCGCCGAAGAGGAAGUCGACGACACCCAGGAGAUCCAGAUCGAAGAAGCCUUGAAACUCUACCAGACUGCCUUGAAGCUCCAUUCUGAAGGCCCCGCAUCUUUUGAAAAGACCGCUGCAGCAUAUAAGGCUCUAUUCGAUUCUGAUAUCUUCAAAUACGCCGAAUCGCUAUCGGAAUUCCAACGGCACGAAGUCUUUGGCGAAGACCUGGUCUUUGACACCAUAUUGGAGGAUGACUAUGACGCAGGUCCCGUCCAGUCGACUGGCGCCGCUGACAGCGCCCCGAAUACCCUCCAACAGAUCCUCCAUUUAUCGUACAAGAAUCAUGGCCAGUUCUUGCUGGAGUCCAUGCAGCAUUGGGUUACAACGAAUGGCCCAACACCUCAGGUGGAAGCUUGGAGCAAAAUCCGCGACGCCCUCAACUACUUUGCUGAAGCGCUGGACAAGGAGGAUACUGAUCUCGACCUGUGGCUGCGAGCUGCUUCGGUCGCCGCCAUGCUGGGUAGUAAGCGCCUCACACGCUAUUGUCUAGAAGCAGUACUUGAUGGAAAUGACGAACAGUGGGAGAGUCUAUUGCGACUGCCAGGAUUGGAAGAAGAAUUUGCUGGUCAACAGCUGCGUGAACUUGUUGAGCGACUGGAAGAUAACGUUUCUCUCCAACAGGCGCCCUUGUCACUGAUGAAGCGGAAGAAACUAUCAGAGAUGCUGAGGAAGAGGCUAAAUCCAUUUCAGUUUGCACCUCUUCCUGCUGACGUUGCCCUUGCUGAAAAUCUUCACAAUAUCAAGGCUGCGCCAGAGACUGUGACACUGAGCCCGACAAAGUGGGAUUGGGCAAGCGUAGGCGAGAUCAUCCUCCGGCAGUUUCAGGCAGAGCAACAGGGAAUGGCAUCCAAUGUUCCUUCAGGGUCAAACAUAGUGUUCAGCAUUCCCCCUGAUAGCGGCACCCCAGAUCGAAUCGAGUCUGCACCCGAAUUGGAACCUAUCGAGCUCGCACAGGAUACCAUACCGGCAGCACCGGAGUCUACACCACCAUCGAAGAUUGAAGGGCCUGCUGCAGCCGAAAAGGAUGGUGAUGAUACCAUCAUGGAAGAGCAAACUACCGAGGCUGAUGUCAAGAGUGAGGAGGCCACAUCAACUGUACCACCGGAAGUCGCACCAGCUCCGUCCCGCAAACGGUCUACGGACUCUGCUGGACUACCAGAAACUGCCGAAGGAGGUCGAUCACGCAGUAAGCGAAUUCGCGGACGAGACACAAUCACCGAACCAGCCCCUGGAAGUGCUGCACAAGAAGCUAACAAACAGCUUGAUGCUCAGUUGGAGCCCUACACGCAUGCAGAUCAAUGUCUGUAUGAGAUCGUCAAGGACAUAUACUCACGCCUUGGUGUCGAGGGCAUAAAGGAUCCUGCUGAAUUGCGUAGACUCGUCAACCCGCUUCCGGAAGCGUCUGCUCCCAGUAUUACAGAUCCUAUUGACAAGGCAGCUUGCGAUGUUUUCACUGCGCUUCGAAGUGGGCACAUGAAGACUGCACAGAUAAUCUUGAGUUCUGAUUCUUUCGAUCUGCUAGGAGUAACGAGAGAACACGGAUUGAACGCAUUCUUAGGCUUCUCUAAAUCGAGUUCAAGUCAAGCCUGCACCAAGCCAGUCCUGGGUAGCGAGGGGUUGAAUUCAUUCGCGCGAAGUGUAAACAACAAUUGGUUCACAACCCAGGAGGUUGCAUUUGCUUGGAUUGAGAGCUUGUUUUCUCCCGGGUUCUGUCUACCCUCUGGAUCCCGUGCCACAGGUCAAUCAAGCUAUCUAUACUUCAGAUGGGCAGAUGAUUUGAAGAGGAACAUUGUACAAAUCAUUGUUCACAUCGAUGAGUUCAUCUACGAACGUAUGCUUGAGCGUGUCGAACAGCUCAACCGCAAGAUGCUGGAUGCUAGCCACCAAUCUCGAAAGUACCAGCUGUCUAACUUUGAUAUCGCACAGAUUGAAAUAGUGGAGGCCUUGUUUGAGCUGCACUUGGACAUCUAUUCGCUUAUCAAGCACCCACACAGUACGAUAGACAUUAAUACGCGAACUCUCCAGAGCGACAGGUUACAGCGAUGGUCCCACCUCGCACGAGACGUUAUACAGUUACGAUCUGACUGUCUACCAAGCCAGGAUUUGGAUGAUCUGGCUCUCCGUCAUAUUUGGGCUACAGUGUCACAAAUGAGCGUUAGCGAUGAGGUAGCACCAGAGCAUGUCUUGUCUGCUAUGGCCCAGCUGAAGACCAUGUUUGAGCGUUUGGGCGACCGUACGAUUCAGUUGCAGAACAAUGCUGUAAUGCCCGAGCUAUCAACUGCUGCGAUUGAUCGAGAACUCGUACGCAUCAGCAUGAAGGACUUCUUCCUUAAGGUUUUUGACCAAGACGAGCAGGAUCCAGUGACAGUAAUAGAAAGUCUGGAACCAAUCUUGGAAUUCGAAAACACAAGGGAAUCAAACAUGCCGGUUGAGUCAGCUGGCUCUGAUGAAGGCGCACCUGAUGCACGUAGCUCGCCCACUGGAAGUAUCGAAGGCUCAUCCACAGAUAAACAGCUUGGCCAUGCGUCUCCAAUUCUAGAGAUGCGCAAGUUUCUCGAUUCUGCAAACGUAAACGUACGACUGUCUCUCUGGAACAGGUUGCGUGUAGCCUAUGAAGCCAUCGACUAUCCUUCCAAAGUUAUAUCGUGCUUCUUACGAAGUAUCGAAGCCCUUGUGGAUGAUCUCGGAUCUUCGGCUUUCCAGGAGUUGCCAACGCUUGAUCGCCAACACAAGUUGUUGACCCGAUACCGAGUCAUUGACGACAUGGUUGUUAAGAUCCUUCAGAUAAUACGCGAUGAUGGGACGCCGCUCGACUGUAUUUACUACGAGCAUGUGCAAUCUUCCAUGUCAGCAAUUGCUAAACUGUUGCACAUCAUGUCGGCUGCAGACAUGCUCAGAGACUACAUCCGCAUCAACCAUAUCCCUAUGCCUCGAGUCGAAUCCCAUCCGAGCCAGGCAUUUGUCAAUAUGAUGGCACGACUUGGCGACAUACAUCUACGGCUCUGGAUGUUACAGUACCAUUUGCUCAAGGAUGGCUUAUCCCAAGAUCACGAAAGCUUCCCUACUCCUUCCGAGGAUCUAUUCGAAUACAUUCGUCAUGUGCACCAUGCUACUGGUGUGCGUGGCUUCUGCCAUCUGUCAAACCGUCAGUUUUUGAGGCUUGCAAAAGAUGAGUUACUUCGCAUUGACGAUGUUGUUGAUGGUCACAGUUAUGCCACCGAGCUCUGCCAGGUUCUUCACGAUCUUUAUGGUCUGAAGCUAUUUAUCGAGCCUUUGGAGUGCCAGGAUUUCCAGACCACACCAGAUGCCCUCGACAAAAAGACUGCCUUCAGCAUCUUGUCAUUCGCCAUGUCACAAGUUGCAAAGGUUGAUUUGAAAGAUUUGCCCAAGACAGAACUCAAAGGAACCAUCGAAAAGAUACAUACCGCGUUAGGUAGGCCCAAACAGAACGAUGAUAUCACUUUCAACCGCAAGGUAAUUUCAUCGUACUUCAAGUCACCUGUCAACCCUGUCGAGUUGUUCGGAUGCUUGAAAGGCGUUGGAUCGCUUGCAACCAAGCAUGUCCCUGCCGAAGAUGCCGUGGCUGCAUCCAAAGGUUGGUAUUACAUGAUGGGCAAUAUUGCACUCAGCAAGUUCAAGUCACAAAAGCGCAUGACUCAAGGACCUACAGAGGACUUGAACUAUGCUCAAGCGUUCUUUGUGCAGGACCUAGAGCACUCCAUUGAGCGUUGGGAGACGUGGUAUCGCCUUGCGCAAGCCAAUGACACCCAGCUUGAGGAGGCGGUCUCAUGGAACGCGGAUAAAAUGAACAGCAACAGCGCUGAUGUUGUCAAUUUCCAACGGGCUGCAAUCAACUGCUACAUCUUGGCUGUAGCCUGUGCUGUGCGCGACCCUAAUGUAGGACCAAAUACCCAGGCCAAGAUUGCGCAGAUGUACACAGAGUUUGGCAACCGCAUAUAUGCAUCUUCCAGGGAGCCUUUUAGAAUGGAGGCGUUCCAGAUUCGAGAGACUGAGAAGCGGUUCUGUAAUCUCCAGACAAAUGCAACUCUAUACAAAGAGGUCGCAUUUGCUCCAUUGCAGACUUACACAGCCUGGAAAUUUGCAAGCACACUUUACAAACGAGCAAUCAAAGGCAACCCGAACAAAUGGUGGAAUCACUACAUGCUUGGAAAGUGCGGAUGGAAGAUGUGGUCUACCAACGACAGCGCCAUGCGGUAUGCCAUGUCCAUUGGCGCACCUGUUGCUCCACAGAAUGGCCCAAGCUGGGAGUCUGUCAUUGAGGCCUUCACUAGUGCGAUCGAGACACUACCUGGAAAGAAAGGACGCAGCGGCGAGCCAGUUCUUGAGCCUCACUACAAACUAGUAUCCGUCACCCAUAAACUUUUCCAGCGUGGUGCCAUCGACUACGAAAAGGGAGUGGAGAUUCUCUCAAACACAUCGUAUGCCCAGAACAGCAAGGCUCCAGAAAGCGAAAACGACUGGCAGAGAUACAUUCUUGCCAUCUUGAAGUCCUUGCGUGCAGCAGACAAGUCAAGCUGGCACCAUCGUGUCAUAUCACGCGUUGCUCACACAAUCUACGAUAACGAGAAGAGCCCAUCUGUGGCUCAAGAUGCUAAGCAUGAACUUAUGCAGCAGAUGUUUACUAAAACCAUGGCUGUUCAGGUCUGGAAGCCCGAGAACGAGCGACCUGGCAGGCACUUUGUAUACACUACUCGCUACACCAAAUUUUUCAUCGAACUUCUGGACUUGACUGAGGAUAAGGCCAAUUUCGAAGCGCUUGCGAAACGCGUAAGACGGAAACAGACGGACUUUUUUGAACAUCAGAAACUGUGGCAAGAUCUAUGCACGCGUUACCUCAAGUUGCUACGAAGAAUUGGCAGUAUACCUGAAGGCCAAGAAGAUUCAGCUUUCAAAUCCGUCAAUCAUGAUGAAUUCAACACGCUUGCUCUUCGUUUGGAGGCGUGGUGUCAAAACUCAACUACGCAACACCCUGUACUGGAUGUUCUCCGCGACGCGAUCGAACUCAAACGCCUCAACAACGGCAUGAUGAAGCCUCUUCUCAUUGACGACCUCAUUGGAGAUACUUAUGCGAUGUUGUAUACAUCGAUUGGUCCCACUUUGUCACCCCUCCCAUCGGAGCAAGAACAACAGCAGCAGCAACAACAACAACAACAACAACAACAACAACAAGCUCUGCUUGCUCAGCCUCGACCAGCACCUUUUGGAGGCUCUGUAACAUCUACAGGCGCUGUACCCAUCUCAUCGUUGAUGCAAGUUCAGAUUGAUGGCUCAGCAGAAGGAAGCAACGGAUCACCUUUCAGCAUGUACCAUUCCGGUCAAAUGCCCUCUCAACACACCAACCAGAUGCCUCAGAUGGCGGCACAACCUGAACAACCAGUAAAGCCCAGAGUCAAGGCAGUCGGUCGUAGGGAAAUCGCAAGAAGGGCUGAAGCAUGUGUCCAGAAGACUGCUGCUGCCUCCGCUCAAUCUACCUCGAUUCCAAUUCGAUCACCUCCCCCUGCCAAUGAGGCGCUCUCUGCUGUCACCGAUCAAGCAGCAGCAUCACCAGACAAGACCGCCGAGCCCACUGCUGAACCGAACACAUCCACUGAAAACCUUCAACCCUCUUUCGACCAAAGCGAAACCGCCACCGCCGCUCCAAGCGUAAACAACGACGAACCCGCCCCCAGCGCUCCCGUCUCCGUCCAUGAUGACGCCGACGACGAAAGCGAGCUUAGCGAACUCGAUGAAGACGAAGUCGAGGAAAUCCACCAAGAAGUUCAAAACGACACUUUACGUCGCUCUGCCUCCAUUGCUGCUUUGAACAAGCCUCUUUUCCCCCGCUUAGCUGCAGCAGCAGCAAAGAUGGCUCCUGUGGAUAAACGCAUCGAGUCUGAACGCGGAGAUGAUGACCCGGAUGAUGAUGAGACAAUGGAUAGUGAUACUAUUCAUGUCACUGCUCCGAGGCCGGCGAGGGCGAGGGAUGAGGAUCGGAUGGAUGUGGAUUAG